AACAAAAGAAUGCAGGAUCUUAAAGGAAAUGCAAGAAAAAUCCUGCAGCAAAAGGAAAAGUAUUACAGAUUCAACAGAAGAUAUGGACAUUCCACCACCAAAGAAAAGCGCUCUUCAACCAGAUCAAUGGAAUUUCAAAGAGGGUGCUGAAGACAUAAAAAGGAAUAUGGUUGUGGCCAUUAAGCCAAUCAGAAAGAAGGAUAUUGUUGAUGGAGAACCUUGGUUGGCACUUGUCAAUGAAGUCUUAAAAUCUAAAUUGAAGGUUUCUUGGCUAACAGGAAGGUACAAUUCCACAUGGGAACUCAACCCUGAAUUUCUUGGAUGUGACCCAGAUGUUGUCCAGAACACACGCGUGGCUUGCCAUUUUAAUUUUAUUCAAGAGAAAGUUUUGCCUGGAUACAUUAUAGAUAAGCUUAAAGCAAUCUUUAAGAAUUGAUGUCACAUUGCAAUUUGGUACCUGAUUCUCAGAAAACGAAAAAUGUAUGGUUCUGCUUAUCUAUCUAAGUAAUGAGAAGGAUUUUUUUCCUUUUUUGAUAAAGUAUUGUACACUUUAAUGUAGUGAACGUAUAAUUAUAAGGAAGCUAUUUUUUUUAAAAAUCUUUUUUCUCUGUACAUGUAUCAUUGAAACAGAUAAAGUUUAUUUUUCAA